UCCGCCCUGCUGCUGACCUACACUCUGGAGACUUCCCUCAGGCUCCGGUCACAUGGUAAAGACAAACCCUUAAAAAGCUGUAGCCCGAGACCACUGUCGCCUCUUGUGUGCAAGACACCAGCUGGUCUUGGUGUUCGUCCUGCUUCCUCCUCCCUAGAAAGCCUCCAUCAUGUCAGACACUGAGGAAAUUGUCGAGGAGUACGAGGAGGAGGAGGAGGAGGUGGAAGAAGAAGUUGAAGAAGAGGAAGAACAGCAGGAUGAUGAAACAGAGAAGAAAGAAGAGCACGAAGAGGAGUCCAAACCACGACACAAGACAACCUAUGUGCCAAAUAUCGCUCCUCCGAAGCUCCCUGACGGCGAGAAGGUCGAUUUUGAUGACCUGCACCGCAAGAGAGUGGAAAAGGAUUUCAACGACCUCCAGUCCCUCAUAGAGGUGCAUUUCUCCAGCCGUCAGAAAGAGGAGGAAGAGCUGAUCGCUCUGAGGAACCGCAUCGAACGCCGCCGGGCCGACAGGGCAGAACAGCAGCGAGUCCGCAGUGAGCAGGAACGUGAGCGCCAAACCCGUCUGGCCGAGGAGAGGGCGAGGCGUGAGGAGGAGGCCGCCAAACUGCGCGCCGAGGAGGAGGCAAAGAAAAAGGCCAUAUUCACCAACAAGUCCUUCGGCGGCUACCUGCAGAAGGUGGACCAGAAGAAGGGCAAGAAGCUGACGGCAAGAGAGGAGAAGAAGAAGGCCCUGAUGGACCGCAAGAAGCCGCUCAACAUCGACCACCUGAACCAGGAGAAGCUGGCAGAGAAGGCCCAGGACCUCUGGCAGUGGCUCCACCAGCUGCACGCCGAGAAGUUCGAGCUGGCUGAGAAGCUCAAGAAGCAGAAGUACGAGAUCUACGUGCUCCGGAACCGAGUCAGCGAUCACCAGAGGGGCUCCAAAGCGUCCAAGACGAGCCGCGGGGCAAAGGGCAAGUCUGGCUCCUGGAAGUAAGAGCCGCUCCUUUGAAACUGGACAAGUUGUUUCUGGACUAUCUGCUGCCCUGUAUCGUACAAAGCUUUCCCAGGCUUUGUGUUUCUGCUCAUGUCUGAUUGUUUUAACUUUCUGAUGUGGUUAUUCACUUCAGAACUGUGGUUGAAGAUUUAACUCUGAUGGGAUGUGUGCUGGUGUUAGUUCCACCACUCGUCUAGAAUUUUGUCUUUACACACCAACAGUAUUUUUGUGCUUCGUCUAUGAUACAUGUUAAAAUGUGUGAUUAAAGGUGUAAAAGUCUUCAGAAAAGGUGCCAAAAUAUAAUUUGUUCCCAA